UGAACCAACCCCCAAGCCCUAGAGACCAUCUCACUUCUUCAUUCCCUCACUCUCUCUCACCAUCUGCCCAGAGCCGCCGCCGGGAAUCGCCCUAUGGCGGCGGCCAACCACCAAACAUCCGCAAUAAUUCACCAAAUAAUUCCCCUCUGGCUAUUGGUUGAUGUCGCUGCAUGUAGCACUGGGUCCGUCUUCAAGCGCGAGCCAGUGCUCGUGUGGCGACAACGACCAUUGCCCGGAUUCCUUGUGGCCACCAUUGACGAUCCCCAUUAGGUUCAAAAUCCACUACUUACAUGCUUAGACAACAAAAGAAGUGCACGCUUCAUCUCAACAAAACCUCUCUUGACAAGGUUGGUUUGCCUCUUCAAGUUUCGGUUACUGUAAUGUUUUGUUCUUCAUCAUCACUUUCUACUAGUUUUGGUAAAAAUCACAUACUUGAUCACAAAACUGAGCUCAUAUUUUGGAUUCCAUACGAUGAAAUCUUCUCGGACGAUGCUCAUGAUAUUAUGUCGAAAAUUAUCUACUUGAUGAAUGUCCCUUUUUCCUUGGAGGAUAAGCUAAAUUGGAGAGACACAAAACAAUAUGGCAAAAUUGAGAUAACUGCCAUUUUGGAAAACAAGGACAUGUUGAUUUCCAAAAUAGUGGACUCUGUUAGGAGUAUGAUGGAUUCUCCAGCUUCGCCUAACGACAAAGUUCAUAGCUUUAUGAAUUUGGAAAUUUUGAAGGUCACUCAACUAUCCCAAAUAGAAUUCUUGAAUAAGCUUAAGAAUAUUGAACCAGACCACAAUACUCAGGCGCGGAAAAGGCCUCAAGGAGUGAUCAGUUCACGACUCGAAAAGCUUGAUGCUUUGCAGAAGGAUUUAGGAUUGCAAAAGAUGAAAUUUGUAAGUGAGGGUUCAAAUCUUUUUGGAGAUGUGCUUUAUUUGCAGGGAAGAUUUCUCAAUUGGCUCUACCGUCUUAUGCUUAAAGGCAUGUUCCCAUAUAUAUCAUGAAACAUGUUUUCUUGAAUGGCUUCUGAAAAAUAGAUCCUGCCCUUAUUGUCGGUCCGAAUUAAAGUAGAUUUGAAAUCUUUGUAAUUCAUGUUGUUUUCAGUAUGAUGUAAACAUUGAUGUCUCUUUAUGUACAUGUGCUACUAUUGCUUUUGUUAAUUUGUUAAAUGUUAAGGUGCAUAUUGAGUUACUUUUA